CCAUCGUGUGCAGGGUGGUUAUCUACCUACAGCGGGACAUGUCAGGAGAGAGCUGCUUGCACCAGCCUCAACCGCACACGGGGCGCAAACCAGGGUCUUUUUGUUAGUCUUUUCAGUGGACUGACACAUGAAUUUAACGUGGUGUCGUAGGGAGGUGUCAUGUGAAGAUUACGUGCGGCGGAAAUCCUUACUAUUCCACACUGCAAGUGCUCACCCGACAGGACACCCUCCUGAGAUCCAUGUUCAGCGGCAAGAUGGAGGUGCUCACUGAUAAGGAAGGUUGGAUUCUAAUAGAUCGUUGUGGGAAACACUUUGGUUCGAUUCUCGGUUAUCUCCGUGAUGGAUUUGUGACCUUGCCCAAGAGCAGACAGGGUAUCAUGGAGCUCCUAGCAGAAGCCAAGUAUUACCAGAUCCAGGGAUUGAUAGACUUGUGCCAGAGAGCCCUGCAGGUAGGCAUUAUUCUUGUUUUUGUGUGAUUUUUUUUUUUUUUU